CUAGCUUGUUAGUCAGAACACAAAUUAGAGACGUUGUGGUGGCGCAAUAUUGGCGGAUUAUGUUUCCGUGAAACGUGCGAUAUCCACGGAGUGAUUGGAAAAUGGCUGGGGUGAUCCGAAGGCUGGACGAGGCGGUAGUAAAUCGCAUUGCUGCAGGUGAAGUCAUUCAACGGCCUGCUAAUGCCAUUAAAGAGAUGAUAGAAAAUUGUUUGGAUGCAAAAGCAACCAGUAUACAGGUUACAGUGAAGGAAGGAGGGCUGAAGCUGAUCCAGAUUCAGGACAACGGCACAGGUAUCCGGAAGGAGGAUUUGGAAAUAGUGUGUGAGAGAUUUACUACAAGCAAACUAAAGACCUUUGAAGACCUUACAGCCAUAUCUACCUAUGGUUUCAGAGGGGAGGCCCUUGCCAGUAUAAGCCAUGUGGCUCAUGUAACAAUUACAACCAAAACAGCUGAUGGUAAAUGUGCAUAUAGAGCCAGUUACUGUGAUGGAAAGCUGAAGGUACCUCCCAAACCAUGUGCUGGAAACCAGGGCACGCAGAUUACUGUAGAAGAUCUUUUCUACAAUGUUGCUACACGAAGAAAAGCCCUGAGGAGCCCGAGUGAAGAGUAUUCCAAAAUUGUGGAAGUGGUUAGCAGGUAUGCUAUACACAAUUCUGGUAAAAGCUUUGCUGUAAAAAAGCAAGGGGAGACUGUGGCAGAUGUCAGAACUCUUCCAAAUGCUUCCACAGUUGAUAAUAUCCGGGCAGUUUUUGGGAAUGCUGUUAGCAGGGAGUUGAUUAAAGUUGGCUGUGAUGAUCAGAAGCUGGCUUACAAACUGAAAGGCUUCAUCUCUAAUGCCAACUACUCUGUCAAGAAAUGCAUCUUUCUGCUCUUCAUUAACCAUCGUUUGGUUGAAUCAAGUGCUCUGAAGAAGGCCAUAGAAACAGUCUAUGCUGCGUAUCUCCCUAAAAACACACACCCCUACCUUUACCUAAGCCUUGAAAUCGCCCCUCACAAUGUUGAUGUAAACGUGCACCCCACCAAACAUGAAGUACACUUUUUGCAUGAGGACAGCAUAAUCGAGAGUGUGCAGAAACACAUUGAGAGCAAGCUGCUGGGCUCCAAUUCCUCACGCACAUAUUUCACACAGACUCUCCUCCCUGGCCCUGUGGUGUCUUCCAGUGAUGUUGUAAAGCCGGGCUCCAGCUCUUCCUCUGGCUCUGUUGACAGAGUGUACGCCCACCAGAUGGUGCGCACAGAUUUCCGGGCCCAGAAGCUGGAUGCUUUCCUCCAGCCAGCAAGUAACGCCACCCAGGCACCUGCUGCCGAGUCCACGGAGCCGCAGGAGCCCAAGAGCAGCACUGCCUCUAGUACUCAGGCCGAGCCCUGUGACGUUGACAUGCAGGACCUGAGAAGUGCAGACCUGACAGCUGCCCUGGCUGGAGAUCAGGUUGACCCCACAGAGACCACCAGUGCCAACUGCUUACCUCCUGCUGAUCCCCCCAAGAAGCGUCCCAGGGUGAGCCCAGAUGUGGAAAUGAAGGAGUCCGAGAUUGAGAGCAACCUGACCGCUGCUGCAUUACCGAGGAGACGUGUCAUAAAGUUAACAAGCAUCAGGGAAUUGCGCACAGUGAUCAGUGACCAGGCCCACAAAGGUCUUCAGGAGAUGCUGCAAAAUCACUCCUAUGUGGGCUGUGUAAGCCCUCAGUGGGCUCUCAUCCAGCAUCAAACUAAACUGUACCUCCUCAAUACCACCAAGCUCAGUCAGGAGCUCUUUUAUCAGAUUCUCAUAUAUGACUUCGGGAAUUUUGGUGUUCUAAGAUUAUCCACCCCAGCUCCUCUAUACGACUUGGCCAUGCUGGCCCUGGACAGUCCAGAGAGUGGCUGGACAGAGGAAGAUGGACCCAAGGAGGGUCUAGCCGAGUAUAUUGUGGAGUUCCUCAAGAAGAAAGCAGAGAUGCUGGAGGAUUACUUCUCCAUGGAGAUCGAUGAGGAAGGGAACCUCACUGGUCUGCCACUACUGUUAGACAACUAUGUCCCAGCGGUAGAGGGACUGCCUAUGUUCAUCCUGCGUCUGGCCACAGAGGUGAACUGGGAUGAAGAGAAAGUGUGCUUUGACUCAUUCAGCAGAGAAUGCAGCCUGUUUUAUUCCAUCAGAAAACAGUACAUACUGGAGGAGCCUGCAGGGCCUGAGCAGCAGACAGAGGAGCUGGGAUCAAGUGGGACUUCAUGGAAGUGGACUGUUGAACAUGUCAUUUUCAAAGCUUUUAGGACACACCUUGCUCCUCCGAAACACUUCACAGAAGAUGGCAGUAUCCUCCAGAUUGCAAACCUGCCAGAUCUUUACAGAGUCUUUGAGAGGUGCUGAAGGUGCAUCCUUACUGGGCAAACAUUAAGGAAGGACAAUGCAGUAAGAUGAAAAAAAAUCCAAGAUUAUCUAACCACUGAUAGGAUUUAACGGAUUUUCUGCUUCAGAUGUGGGUUCUUACUGUUUGUUUCCUAAAUGGUUAUCUAACACUUAGUAAGCAGCUUUUGUUUUCUAUUGGAAAAGUGUUUUCAUUUCUUUUAUGUGACUGAUUCUGACUACUGAACAAUAAAUAUUUUAAUGUUG